UUUAAAUUUAAAUUUUUCACUUUUUACCUGCAUAAUAUAUGAUGAUGAUGUCUUUUAUGAACAGAGCCAAUAGAAACGAAAAUUGAAAAUUGAAUUUUGAAUAUGCAACAAGAAGAAAGCUGUCAUCAUCGACAAUAUUUUGAAAUUUGUUAAUCAAUUCUGAAUUAUUCUUAUGAAAAAAAUGUCUAGAUCAAUCGUGGAUGAAGAAUUGAUUGUAUUGGAUAAUUCUACCGAUGAUGAAAUUAGUAUCGAAUCUAUUGAAUUAAUAUCAUCAUCAAGUUCGAGUAAUUGUAAUAGCGACUAUAGUAUCAAAAAAAUUUAUCAGAAAAAAAUGAUAAUUUAUCAACGAAAAAAAUAUCUUUAUCAAUUGUUGAUGAAGAAACGAUGGUAUUAAAAAGCUCUCCUACCUGUGAUAAAAGAAGUAACAAAUGUAUUAGAUUAUCAUCAUCAUCAUCAUCAUCAUCGAGUUCUUCAAGUGAUUGUAAUAGUGAUGAUAGUGUCAAGGAAAUUUUACUGGAAGAAAAUGCUGAUUUCUCCAUACGAAUCGAUGAAGGACUUGUGGCCAUUUUGAAACCACAUCAAAUUGAUGGUAUUAAAUUCAUGUAUAAUUGUACGAUUGGUUCACUGAAACAGUUACAACAAAAUGAUCAGCAUUCCAUGGAUGGAUGCAUUUUGGCUCAUUCGAUGGGUCUAGGAAAAACUCUUCAAAUUGUUGCUUUCAUAAAUUGCAUUCUGAGCAAUGCAAUCACCAAAAGAUACAUUCGAAAAGUAUUAGUAAUUGUUCCUUAUAAUGUUGCACAAAAUUGGCACGAUGAAUUCGAAAAAUGGUUAGGAAAAUGUAUACGAUACGAAAAGAUUCGAUUAUGGAAAAUGUAUGAAAUUAAAUCAUCGGUAGCUAGACGUCGUCAAUUGUUGGUGAAUUGGGAUUUUUACGGUGGAGUAAUGAUCAUAACAAGUCGUAUGGCAACGAAUAUGAUCGAUAAUAUUAAUGAGAAAUCAUUUCGACAAUCAUUAACAAAUCCCGAUUUGGUUAUUGUCGACGAAGGACAUUUGUUGAAAAACAAUAAGACUGCUUUCUAUAAAGCAUUGACCAAGAUUAAAACCGAACGUCGAAUCAUACUUACCGGUACACCGUUACAGAAUAACCUAAUUGAAUAUUUUUUCAUGGUCGAUUUUAUCAAACCAAAACUUUUGGGUAAACUUGAACGUUUCAAGUUACGAUUUGAAAAACCGAUCAACAAUGGACAAUUGAUUGAUUCCACUAAUGAAGAAGUAAAAUUGAUGAAAAAACGAAUUCAUGUAUUGACGAAAAUGUUAAAAAAUUAUGUACAUCGUUGUGAUUUCGAAAUAUUGGUACCAUAUCUUCCACCGAAAUUUGAAUAUGUAAUCGGUGUUCGUAUGACUCCCAUUCAAUCGCGUUUGUAUCGUUAUUACAUAUCAAAUGUUACUAUUGUAACGAGAAAAAAUCUUUUAAAUGAUUCACGUAUCUUGAUGUUGAUUGGUAAUCAUCCUUCUUUGCUAUUGAAGUAUCAUCAGGAACGAUAUGGCAAGGAAAGUGUCGAUAAUCAUCGUGAAUUUUGGUGGCGUGAAGUGAUUGAUCCUUUAGAGGAGAAGGAAAUGUUUGAUAUGAAACUUGGCUCAAAAUUCACCCUAAUAUUCUCGAUACUUGCUCAAUGUGAACGUAUUGGUGAUAAAAUUCUUAUAUUUUCUCAAAGUAUUCCCACAUUGGAUUAUCUGGAAAAAUUGUUAUAUGAACAUAAUUGGACCAAAAAUCGUGAUUAUUUUCGCAUCGAUGGCAAAGUGGAAAUCAUCGAACGUCAUGAUGUGAUAGCUAAAUUCAACAAUCCCGAAAAUCAUCGUGCUCGUUUAAUGUUGAUCUCAAUUCGUGCUGGCGGUAUUGGUAUUAAUUUGGUCGGUGCAAAUCGUGCCAUAUUAAUCGAUUGUAGUUGGAAUCCGGCCAUCGAUUCACAGGCGAUAUUUCGUGUAUUUCGUUUAGGCCAAACAAAACCAGUGUACAUUUAUCGGCUAGUAUCGUAUGGUACAAUGGAAUGGAAAAUCUAUGAACGUCAAGUACAGAAGCAAUCAUUAUCGAAACGUGUGAUCGAUGAACAACAUAUUGUUCGUAAUUAUACUCGUGCUCAACUGGAAGAAAUGUAUCGUUUUCAAGAUUCACCCAAUCGUUUAGCUAUUCCUGAAUUACCAAACGAUAAUCUAUUGGCUGAUCUAUUAUUGAUGCAUGAUUGUGAAUGUUCAAUCAUUUCAUAUCAUGAACAUGAUUCAUUAUUAGCUCAACAUCCGGAAGAAGAAUUGGAUGAUGAAGAAAAACUUGAAGCUUGGGCUGAAUAUACACGAGAAAAGGUUAAAUCCAAUAAUCAAAAUCAUGAACAAUUGAUAAUCAAACAAAAGAUGAUGGUCCAUUCAACAAUCCAGAAAUUAUUGACAUAGAAAUUCAAUAAUUUAACAACCUAAGAACAAGUGAUAAUAAUGAUAAUUUCAAAUUUUGUUAAU